AUGGACUCUCCGUCCGGCGCAGUCGAGCCUAUCGCUGCACCAACAUGGCGACGAGAUGUGCAGCAGUCGAAGGUGUCACGAGACAAGCAACCGGAGGAGGUUCUUACAGCGGAUCAACGGGACGUCAUACGGAUGCUGGCAGACAUGGAGAGGAGAAAUGCGCAAAGAGCCAGAUCACCAUCGAUGACAAGCACUGACAGUCACACAUCGAUCGAAGACUUCGACGCUGCCGUUCAAGCCCUGGCAGUCCUUGAGCAGCACGUCAGGAAUACGCCKCCUAUACUACUUGCCCUCGACGACAACCAUUCCGGCCUUCCACCUACACCACCAACCAUGACCAGCAGUGAAGUUGCAGAGACAAAGCCUGCUCGUACACUCAGUCCAGAAUCGCACGUCUUUGCAGACCGAGUAAGAAACGCUUUGAAUCAGUCGCACAGGUCAGGCUUCAGUACUCCAGUGACCGAGGCCCAUAGUCCCCCGACCCCCGAUCACUCACCGCCCAGCAUACGUGAGACGAUGGCGGUCCCGCGACCAAAGCUCAUUCACGCUUACAGUUCGUUUGCAGACUCCUUCAAGACUGCAAACGAGGGAUUGAGCAGUGGUGAGAGCACCCAUCAGCUUCACUCGCCCAUCGAUGAACAGCUGCCGGAUUUGAACUUGCUGGGUGUUGACCUCAUUCCGGAAGUCGCAACUCCAGGCAGCGAUACGGGCACCGCAACACAAACCGAUGCCUCUGAAAAUCGUCCGGUUAGAGUCAAACACUACCAGACGGAGUCGGAAAGCGACUUUGAUAGGCCUACGAGCUCUCAUACAGGUGACUCUCAUGAGCCUGAUAUGUCACCCACCAUUCAGCAAGCAUUGCCCCAUCCGUCUGGUUUUGCAUUCCAGCACCGACUCAGAGCUCCCAUCAAGCCUGGAGAUGACAUCAAGCAAAUGGACAAUGCGCUACUGUAUGCUUCCUCGAAAUGGCAACCACGUGUGACUGUGCCGACAGUGGCCAAAGAUCUGGACAUUGAAAGAUAUCCAACCCCGCGGCGCGAAAUGGAUACUGAAAAGUUGAAAGCCGCACUUCCCGCCCACACGGCAUCUCCCACACUGAUCGAGAACGUCACUCCGCAUCUUCGACCCAGAACGCCURUAGAGCAUCCGUCUUCACCAAUCGCCGACCCAGCUUCACCGCAGAUCGAGAGCAUCCCGGAGCCCACUUCUCCACCCGCCACUGCUACUGGCCAAGCAAUUUUAGAAGGAAACAAUGCCACUUACCAAUUCAUACAGAGAGAGAAUGCAAAACGUUAUAGUGCGAUCAGUGACGGUAGCGGAGUCCAAGUCGUGGUCGUCACCUCACCGGAACACAAGCGAACUCUCAGACACACUCCCAAACGCGAAUCACUCCGCGCCGACGUGAGCCUAGCCAGUAACAGCAAACGAGGAAGUCUUGACGGCGGCAACCACAAGUUGAAAUACAAACGUGCGAUGCCAUCACUUAGUGAUGAUGGCGACGAAGCUGGGAGCCCGAAGGUUGAGCCUGAGGAGUUCUAUCGCCGAGCAACGAAGCCCCUUCCCAUCGCUCAUGCAUCUGUUGGGCCUCUCGGUCUUCAUCAGAGUCGCCACGAGGUCCAGCACGGAUAUCGCUCGCUGUCUGGUGACACGGGCGCCGAUUAUCUGAAGGGCAAGACAGCGCUGACUAAUUCGAACGGACCAACAUUCGCACCUCGUCGUGCCCAGACAUUGAGAAGAUCAGUGCGAGACCAGGCAUUGGACCGAGUCGAAUCCUCUGGCGGAGAUGGGAUGCGUGGUCGACCUUGGAGCGCAGAUCCUAUGGGCAAGGGCUUCGGCUCCGGGUCGAAGGAAGAACAAGCACGCCCACUGCACAAGUUGAGACGAACCUCUGCAGAAAAGCGCUUGUGUAACUUGGGCGAGGUGCGAAGAACAAGCCUGGGUCGUUUGGACGAGCUCAGGGCUACACCGAAACUCAGCAGGAACCUGUACGAAGAUGGUCCGGAGCAAUUAAGUGCGAACGGCAGCAUGAUGUCUCGAGCUGUCAAUGCGUCCCUUUCGCCGCCCAAGCUGAGGAGAACUUCAGUCGAGAGAAGGCUGGAGAACAUUGGCGAGGACAGACAGGAAAACACAGACCUCAGUUCUGCAUCGGCUGACCUCGCUCCUGGCUCUCAUGAUGAUUACGACCGUGACUCGUGGCGCGAGUAUGGGAAAUCCUCUGAUAAGACGCUUCCAAUUUCGCCGCGGCGCAAGAGCUUGGACCUGCGGCACUUGCACCCAGUGGAGACACCGUUAUCAUUCAGCCAGACUUCGGGCACUGAGGGUGAACUUUGCGAAGCCAGAGGCGUAGAGAUCUUCCCUCAUCACAAUGAAAGUCUGCUGCUGAUUCACGGAAACGAACGUGAAAAUGAUCAAGCGAACGAGGAAGCGACAGCUCCAGGUGCUCCAGAGCCGAUGUUUCAGGCAUUCGUACAGCCACCGGACUCUCCAAACACAGGAGUCAGGCGGUCUUCGCCCUCGGCGCACAGUCCACUUACCAACCCACGGGCUGCGCCCGAGCCUCCCAAGCUAGUAUUCAUACCGCCGACGCCUGUCGAUGAGCUUGACAAUCAGUUUGGCGAUCCUGCAUCGAGCUUUGGCCCUCGGCAGCACCUACAAAGACGUGCAAGCUUGACCGAAAGAGUCAGACGAUAUAGCGCGAGUCUGGUUCAGCCCAUUCCGUUUGGCCGCUCAAACAGUGCGCGCAGACAGCCAAUUGAACGACCACAGACGUCACCCGACAACAGACCUACACAUCUCAACCCUUUCUGGCAACCACGUAAUUUCUGGGAAGAGUAUUCCAGCAGCGAUGACGAUGAUGACGACUUCGCCGAUGACCGUUUGCCUCCCGGUGGGGACACCUCAGAUGUCCAAGAGAAACGCAAUUCGUUCUUUCCGCGCAGUAUGAGCGUGAGGUUGCCAGGAUUCCGUGGGAGAGGUGGAUUUCUGCAAGGCAACAGCCUAGGUAUAGACAGACAUGGCACCAACAACCGAAGACAUCACGUCACGAAGCGCACCAGCGAAGAGAUGAUGCAACGUAUGGUUGAGCGCAGACGGAGACGAACCUUCACCUUGCCCUUCACCGGCGGAACAAGGGUCGAGUACGUUGGACUGGCGGCUCUCAGCUCGAGAGUGAGGGAGGCCAAGAUCAGAAGACGGGAGCGCGCAGCCGAAAAAAGGAGGGGCAUUUUACGCGAGCAGAUCAGUCCACCGGUCUGA